UACUCGUGAGAGUGAAACUGGUCCCAUCCCUUGGUUUCCCAGUCUGAUCCUCUUCUGACAACAUCCAUUGAUCCUUCAACGAACUUUCAAAACUCUGAACCCAACAAUACGACAUCGUUUUUGUCUCUCCAAAACUUUAGAGUUUGUCGAUUACUUUCUUGUCCUUCUUCGUUAUGACGUCUCGAGGGACAAAAUAUGAUGUCCCACUCAAUCUCAGUCUCAAUCUUGAUGACAAUCACAAGCAUGGCUGAGAUGCUGUAACCUUGUAGCAAUAACUUACGAUUUGACUCUCCAUAUUUAAUGAGUCGUAGUUGUAAAUUCUUCUUCUUUUUCUUGGUUAUGAAAAUCCAGAUCAAUGGCUACGAAAAUUGGAUCAAUUAGGCACAGUUUUGCUGAGAGGAGUAAAGAAAGAUUGCUGUCUAGAAAGGGCUAUUCUGAUUUUGGCUUAAACAGCUCAGAUGACAGCGAAGAUGGAGUCAAAGGCAAGUGUUUCCGUUCAUUCUCCGAUGGAAUUAUCAAUUCUUGGAAUACUUUGCAAGAUGUUUCUCGUAAGCUAUAUGAGAUGGGUCGUUCUGAUCCUCGAAAAGUCAUUUUUGCCAUCAAGAUGGGACUGGCUUUGGCUCUUGUAUCACUUGUCAUAUUCCUCAAAGAGCCUCUGGCUGACGUUAGCCAAUACUCGAUCUGGGCAAUUCUUACUGUCGUCGUCGUCUUCGAGUACAGCGUAGGCGCCACUCUUAACAAAGGGUUCAAUCGCGCUUUGGGAACGCUUUCUGCUGGUGGUCUUGCUCUGGGAAUUGCAGAGCUUUUUAUAUACGCUGGAGAAUUUCAAGAAGUUUUUAUUGUGAUUAGUAUUUUCCUCGCAGGGUUCUGUGCAAGUUAUUUGAAGCUUUAUCCAACUAUGAAAACAUACGAAUACGGAUUUCGAGUAUUCUUGUUGACAUAUUGUAUCGUUCUCGUGUCUGGAAGUUCAACAACAUUUUUCCAAACAGCAUUCUAUCGAUUAGUGCUGAUUGCAGUUGGUGCUGGAAUAUGCUUGGUAAUAAAUGUUUUUGUAUUUCCCAUCUGGGCAGGGGAGGAUCUGCACAAAUUGGUGGUGAAAAAUUUCAAGGGCGUCGCUGCUUCCUUGGAAGGCUGUGUUGAUGGAUACUUGCAAUGCGUUGAAUAUGAGAGGAUUCCUUCAAAAAUUCUCACCUAUCAAGCUUCUGAUGACCCCCUGUACAGUGGCUACAGAUCUGCUGUACAGUCUUCAAGCCAAGAGGAAUCCCUGCUGGACUUUGCAAUAUGGGAGCCACCUCAUGGCCCUUACAGAACGUUCAAUUAUCCCUGGAGAAACUAUGUUAAAGUAAGUGGUGCACUGAGACAUUGUGCAUUUAUGGUGAUGGCUAUGCACGGGUGCAUACUUGCGGAAAUACAGGCUCCAGAAGAAAAGCGACAGGAAUUUGCUAGUGAGCUGCAAAGGGUUGGUAAUGAAGGAGCUAAAGUAAUACGCAACCUUGGAGACAAAGUUGAAAAGAUGGAAAAGUUAAGUGCCGGGGACAUACUACUAGCAGUGCAUGAAGCAGCAGAGGAGCUGCAAAUGAAGAUAGAUAAUAAAUCAUAUCUUCUGGUGAAUUCGGAAAGCUGGGCAGACAUGGCAAAGCGAAAGGAGUUUCAAGAUCCUGAGAACUCCAUUGAAGUUAAAGAUGAUGAAAAAAAAGUGAUCACAUCCCUUGAAUCAUGGGGUGAUGCUCAGCACUCAAACCUGGGGAUGAGCCCUCCCAUGCCAGAAUGGAUUUCCUCAGAGAAUAUUUCCAGAAGUUCAUUAGCCUGGCCACGCCUGUCAUUUCAUAAUGCAGAGACCAUGCAGUUGGUUGAACAGGAAUCAAAAGUAUAUGAAAGUGCUAGCUCUUUAUCUUUAGCAACAUUUGCUUCACUCCUGAUAGAGUUUGUUGCAAGGCUUCAAAAUCUUGUGAAUGCAUUCCAAGAACUAAGUGAGAGAGCAAAUUUUAAGGAACCCAGUGAAGCAAAUGCAGUGCCAAAAGAAGUGGGAUUUUGGACGAGAUUGAGGAGGUGCAUUGGUUAAAAUUCAAUAUUAUAUACUCCAUUGGAAAGACUUUGAUUUACUGGUUUGUGAUUGUUUUAGUCUCUUCAAAACAAAGUGUACUUCUGUAAUGAACAUUUGCAGCAAUUACUGUGAAGCAAUCUGUAUCUCCCUCACACCAAAUUUUGAAAUGUGAUGAGGUGUUUAUCAAAUUUUUAUAUUUUUAAUCCUUUUUAUCGAAA